AUGAGACAGCUCAAGCUGAAUAUCCAUAGCCCGAGCAGGAGAUGCUGCCCUCGCUCCUCUCCUCAUCGCGUGCGGAACAUCCACCCCGCUCGCUUUUUCAGUUCCACUCCUUCAGCAUCUACCUCGCUCGCUCCACAGCUUUCACCCGAGUCCUCGGUGAACCCGGAUGAGAUCGCCCACUUUUCGCGGCUCUCAUCUCUCUGGUGGGACGAGCGUGGAGAGUUCUAUUUUCUGCACAAAAUGAACCCUGUCAGGAUGCAGUUCAUCCGCGAGAAACUGGUUGAAAUGAGCCAUGAAGAUGACAUCGAGCUGUCUGAUGCGACCAAUAUUCUGAACGGACUAGAUGUGUUGGACGUGGGAUGUGGAGGAGGGCUACUUUCCGAGAGCCUCGCUCGUCUGGGUGCCAGCACGCUCGGGAUCGAUGCCUCUCCCUCGAACAUAGCGAUCGCUUCUCUCCACGCAUCCGCCGACCCGCAAUUUGUUGCGAGUCCCGUGUCUCAUCCACAUCACCGUAGGCUUGCAUACGAACACAUCUCCAUCGAGGAGCUGCUUGCCCGCAGAGGGCCCAAGCAGUUCGACGUCGUGUGUUCUAUGGAGGUGCUCGAGCACGUAGACAAUCCCAGUGCGUUCUUACGCGACUGCGCCCAGCUGGUCAAGCCCGGCGGCCACCUCUUCCUUUCCACAAUCUCUCGCUCCCCUCUCGCCUACCUCCUAACAAUCUUCGCCGCGGAGCACGUCCUCGGGCUCAUUGCUAAAGGGACACAUACCUACUCCAAGUUCGUCCGCCCAGAAGAGCUCCUCGCCUUCUUCCAGAAGCACCGCUCGCCGCUUACCCCCACUGCCCCGAUCGUGGAGGCGGCAGGCACGCUGGGGUGCCCGUGGAUCUCGCGCCUGUACGGAGGAGUUCCCGCACGCACGGAGGCCGAGACGCGUGGGGUGGUGUACACGCCCUGGCAGGGCCAGUGGAAGCUCGUGCCCCGUGGUGCGCCAGGGGCGGCGCUCUGGGGAGAGGCGUGCAACUACCUCUUCUGGGUGAGAAGGCCUGUCGAGUAA